AUGGAGGAAGUUUCAGAGAUUAUCAGUUCUAAUUAUCAAAGAACAAAUACUACAUUUCUGAAUAAUGCGAUUAAAAUGGAACCGAAUUAUGAUGAUAAAGAACAAUUAAUUGUUCAAAAUCAAGAGGUAGAUUUUACCCCUCGUGUUUUAAAAUUUGAUGAUACAAAACUUGUGGAAACUAUUGAGAAAAUUCCAUUCUUGGAUCAUAAUCAACAUUAUCGAGAUCAAAUUAUCGAUGAUAGACCUACAUUCGCUGAAUUGAAAAAAAAUAAUAAUGAACACGAGAUUUCUUAUAUUAAGGAGGACAAAGAUGAAUUAAAACGUAUUAGUAAAGAUGUCUCGGAUUCGCAAUUGCGUUCUAUAAAAGAAGAAGGAGGACGAGAUUCAGAUGAUGAAAUGACUGCUGAUGAUUAUAUAACCUUUUAUGGAAGACAAUGUACUACAAGCUAUCACAACACUCGAAGAACGAAUCAAAAUGAUAACGGAAGAAAAUCAAACUUGGGUCAGAAAAACUUAGCAGCUUAUAAUAAAUUGUUGCCAAGAGAUGAGGUUAAGGACAAAGUUUUUAGUGAAGUAAUAUACCUUACAAAUGAAGAAAGUUUUAAUGUGGACGAUAAAUAUCCAACUUCUCAAAGGCAAGGAUUUAAGAAAAUUAAAUCACAUAAUAAUUCAAUCUAUAAACUCCAAAAUGAAGACGAAUUCGUUAUGAUUGAAGAACAAAAGCAGCCGGAAGAAGAUGAUGAUGUUAUCUUCAUUAAUCCCACAACAGGCAAAGAGGAACCAUGGAGUCCCAAUUCUAUUAAGCCAAACUCUAUAUUCUCUGCAAAUUCACCUGAAUCUCAUACUUUAUCUGAAGUAGAAGAAAGUUCCAACAAAAAAUUUUCAAACCAAACACGUAUUCCUUUGGCGAUAGCUCGUAAUGUUACACCAUGGACUCCUGAGGAAGACCGAAAACUUAUUGACGGAGUUUUGACUCAAUUAUCUCCAUCUUGGAUACAAAUUUCUAGAAAUUACCAUCUUAAUCGUUCGGGUGAUUCAUGCCGUCAGCGUUGGGCAAGAUUAAAGAAAAGAUUAUACGGAAGUGCUUAA